CACCAAGGAAAGUUCCACUGCAUAAACAAAAACAGGGUGAAUUAAAAGUCUAAAACGCGAACUUUUUCGGUUAAUUGGGAGCUUGUUUCGACGCCGGAAUAUUUAAUUGCUUUUAAAAACGUGUUUGGUAAUGCUUGUUUUACAAAAAGAUAAAGAAAAUGAGACGACGGCUUGUUUUCUCCUGUGAGACGAACGCAGCAGAAACUGCACAGAGAGAGAGGCGCCUUUUCUGAGCUCAUGUUGUCAGGCAAAAAGUAGUAGCCGUCACGUUCAGUAGGCCGACACUGUUUUUAGCCCAAAUAAGCAUUCAUUUCAGAUCAGUAUCAAACCACGUUAACAUAUAUCCAUUCCGUUAAGCUGAAUACAACAUGGCUACUAAAAAGAAGCAAACGCCCAAUUUACAAAAUGAUAGUUGGGUUGUCAUUGCUGCAGACUCUGUCAUCGACACACAGAAGAACGACAGUGACCCAGCUUUUGUGAGACUGAGGAAUCCCUCAACAGAUGCAGCAUCUCUGUAUAUGCUGAGUAGUGGUGAUGUACAGCUGUUUGAGGUCAAAGCAUUUGAAGAGGAUUUCCACUCCUGGUUUGUUGGCCAAACUGUACAGAGAGAUGGAAGACUUCUCUUUGUAACACCAAUGGAUCCUCUCUAUCUCAUUUUGCCCUAUUUGAUGAAAUCUGACAAAGAGGGGAAGUUCCAGCCUGUGGAUCAAGUUGUGAUGGAUGAGGAAUUCCCAGCUUGCUCAAAGCUGCUGAGCUGCACACGUUCCCUAGCCUUCCUGCACCACAUUGCCGAGGAAAAAGAGGUGGGAAAACUGAAGUUCCAUCGAUACAAUCAAGAGAAGACAAUGAAUUGGUUGAAGAAAAAGGUGGAGAGGACAGUCACUACGCUCAAGGCAAGAAGUAUCUCUGUGGGAGAAGGAGUCAAAUCCAUAACAUACAUCAGGGUAAAGUCAGAGUCGGACUACCAUGAGGAGGACUACCUACGCUAUGCUCAUGGCCUGAUAUCCCAGUACCUCAGUGAAGACCUGAGCAAAGCCCUGCUCGACCACUUGCAGUUACCAGAGCUCACAAGCCCAAAGGAGACGGAACCUCCUUCCAAGAAGCGGAAACUUUCAGACAAACCGGUGGAGGCCGGGGAGGACUACACCAAAUUCAACAGUGCAGACUUUGUGCGGAAACCGUCCAAGAAGAUGACUGCAGCUCAGAAAUCGCUGGCUAAGGUGGACAAGACUGGCAUGAAGACUAUGUCCUCCUUCUUCAGCCCCAAGGCCAAAGCAGAAAAGAAAUGAAUGUUGUAUAGUUUGUGGUUUUGUAUAUGAAACAUUUGUAAUAAAGAAAAUGUAUUUGACAAAUGA